AGUUCCAACAUUCGUUCACCGGAGAAUAAGAAUUGAGCGAUGACUAUGCUGCUGCUUUGGUUCCUCUUGGUCGCUUUCCUCUCGCCGAAUGUGACGGCGAAUGUGGACAUCGAGGAAAGCAUCUACAAGCACGAAUUCUUGUUUGGUCAAGUCGAAAACGCUUUCGAAGGAGUUGCCCUGGAAAGCCAAAAGUUCCGAGCCAAGUUCGCAGAUUCCAUCAGCGGAAUGCGAAAGGACAUGAAUGAUCACUGGAACGAGGUGAAAGCGAAAUUGGACUCUUUAGACGCCAAAAUGAGCUCAACGAACUCGAAAUUGGAUGAUUUGCAGACCAGAACUGACAGGAUGCAAGCAAAAUUGGAGCAACAAGAUUCGAAGCACAAGACGGGAGAAUCCGAUCAAAAUGAAACUAUCAUCAAGUAUAACAAUCUCGCCGAUCAAGUUAAAGGCCUGAAAAAGGUUUAUAAGGAGCAAGGACUCUGCUCAAUUUAG